CUGCAGGAGUCGCUGCUCAACAUCUGCAUGGACGCCAAGCACCACAAAACGGAGCCGGGGCCCGAGGGGCAGCUCUACGGGCAGUGCGUCCUCUGGAAGGACAACGCCUGCUGCACCGCCAACACCAGUAUGGAAGCCCACCUAGACCAGUCCUACCUGUACAACUUCAACUGGGACCACUGCGGGGCCAUGCCGGACAAGUGCAAGCGCCACUUCAUCCAGGACACGUGUCUCUACGAGUGCUCCCCCAACCUGGGGCCCUGGAUCGACGAGACGGACAGCAGCUGGCGCAAGGAGCGGAUCCAAAACGUGCCGCUGUGCCGGGAGGACUGCGAGCAGUGGUGGGAGGACUGCCAGGACGCUGUCACCUGCAAGGUCAACUGGCACCGGGGCUGGAACUGGACCUCAGGCACCAACCAGUGUCCCCGAGGCGCCAUGUGCCAGAAGUUCAAGUUCGUCUUCCCGACGCCAGCCCAGUUAUGUGAGCAGAUCUG